AUGGCUGAUCUGGAGAAAGGUGCGCCGUUGCCGGGCGAUGCGCCUGCGCACCUCAGCAACACCACGACCACCGAGUCGAGUCCAGCCUCGGCCACGGAUUCCAUCGCCCCGCCACCGACCGCAUCCACUUCCACACCCAGCCGCGCACAACGCUUCCGCAAGGAGAUCCGUCGCAUCACCAUGCACUUCACCCCAAGCUGGUUCAGCGUGACCAUGGGCACGGGCAUCACAUCGAUCCUGCUCCACCAGCUGCCCUACCAGUUCAACGGACUGGGCAUCAUCAGCAACGUCAUCUUUGGCUUCAACGUGCUUCUCUUCCUGCUCUUCCUUGGCAUCAGCAUCGCACGCUACAUCAUCUGGCCACAGCUCUUCUGGAUCAUGCUCUUCCAUCCGGCUCAGUCGCUCUUCCUCGGCACGUUCAGCAUGGGCAUGUGCACGCUCAUCUCCAUGUGUGCCAUCUCGGCCGCUCCCGCCUGGGGACCUGGAUUUGCCACAUUCACGUGGGUGCUUUGGUGGAUCAACGCGGUGCUCAGCCUGGCGAUUUGCAUCGGCCUCCCGUUCAUCCAGUUUACAAGGCACGUGCAGUCGUUCGACAAGAUCACGGGCGUGUGGUUCCUGCCCGUGGUGACGACGAUCGUGUGCGCAGCAACGGGCGGGUUGGUGGCGGACAUCUUGCCGCCGGCUCAUGCAAGGCUGACGCUGAUCGUCUGCUGGGUGCUCUGGGGCACCGGGUUUGGGAUGGCGUUCCUGCUCAUGUCGCUCUACUACGCGCGCCAGGCGAUCUACAAGAUUCCGCCAGCCCAGCUCAUCGUGUCCACCUUUCUUCCGCUCGGACCGUGCGGGCAGGGCGCAUUUGGGCUGCUUCAGCUCUCCUCCGUGCUGUACAAGAUCUCGCUCUCGGAGCACACGGCGCUUCCCAGCCCCAACGCCACCGAUGCAGAGACAGCACGCAUCAUGGCCACUGCCAUUUAUGCCGUCUCGGUGCCCGUUGCGCUCGUCAUCUGGGGCCUCGGCCUGGUCUGGCUCGUACUUGCCGUAUCGAGCCUAGUCGAUCUGUGGUUAGUGUCCGAGCUGAGCUUCAAUCUCGGGUUCUGGGCGACUACCUUCCCCCUCGGCGUCUUUGCCACCGCAGCGAUCAAGUUCAGCGUGGUGCUCGAUUCGGGUGCGUUCCGCGUGAUCGGCACGGUGCUCGCACUCGCCGAGGUCAUCCUCUGGAUUGGUGUUGCGAGCAUGACCAUGAAGAAGGCGGUACGUGGCGAGAUCUUCUUCUCGCCGUGUCUCGCCGAGAUGUGCGACGAGAGCGGCGAGCCGCCCAAGUACGUGCCUCCAGCGAGGAAGUAUACCUAUCAGCCACGGCCUGCGUUCGACGAAGGCGAGGAUGGAGACGAGCACAGCAGGAGCAGGAGCAGACACGAUGGCUCGCUCAGCAGAGCAAAGAUGUGGCUCGGUCGGUCCAGGAGUAGAGGUAGACCAGCCCAACGCACAAAUUGA